UCUUGAUCCUGGUAAAAUUUGGGCGCGUUCCCCCUUCGUCCUCCUGUCCCUCCGCCCUCCACCGCCUGGUGUUGUAACAUACCCCCCUCGAGAACACAACCCGUCGGCCCCCACCAAAAAUGAGUCAAGAUGCUGCAGAGCAGAAUAUUCAGAUGUGGAAGGUCAAGAAGCUCAUCAAGAGCCUUGACGCUGCCCGGGGAGCGGGCACUUCCAUGAUCAGUCUCAUCAUCCCACCAAAAGAUCAAAUCUCUCGUGUGUCCGCCAUGUUGACGCAGGAAUAUGGUACCGCAUCCAACAUCAAGUCUCGCGUGAAUCGACUUUCUGUCCUGGCGGCCAUCACAAGUACUCAGCAGCGUCUCAAGCUUUACAAUCGCGUUCCACCCAACGGUCUUGUGCUUUUCGUCGGCACGAUCCUGACCGAUGAGGGCAAGGAAAAGAAGGUGUCUUUCGACUUUGAACCACAUAAACCGAUCAACACGUCCUUGUAUCUGUGCGACAACAAAUUCCAUACCGAGGCGCUCCAGGAACUGCUGGAAUCUGAUUCCAAAUUUGGUUUCAUCGUGAUGGACGGAAAUGGCACGUUGUUCGGCACGGUUGCGGGCAAUACACGCGAGGUCAUCCACAAGUUCACCGUCGACCUGCCGAAGAAGCACGGCCGUGGUGGUCAGUCCGCACUGCGUUUCGCACGUCUGCGUGACGAGAAGCGCCACAACUAUGUCCGCAAAGUCUCCGAGUUGGCGGUGCAGCACUUCAUCACGAACGACAAAGUCAAUGUCACGGGCCUGGUACUCGCUGGUAGUGCAGACUUCAAGACGGAGCUGAGCCAGAGUGACAUGUUCGACCCGCGAUUAGCGGCCAAGGUCAUCAAGGUCGUGGAUGUCAGCUAUGGUGGAGAGAAUGGUUUCAACCAGGCUAUCGAACUAGCAGCAGAGUCGCUUGCCAACGUGAAGUUCGUGCAAGAGAAGAAACUGAUCCAGAGGUACUUUGACGAAAUCAGCCAAGACACGGGCAAGUACUGUUUCGGUGUCGAUGAUACGUUGAAGGCAUUGGAGCUGGGUGCUGUGGAGACGCUGAUUGUCUGGGAGAACCUCGACAUCACUCGCUAUGUGCUUCGAAAUGCUGCCAGUGAGGAGAUCAUCAUCCACGUGAACAAGGAGCAGGAGAAGGAUCGCGAAAAGUUCAUUGACAAGUCUACAGGCGCCGAGAUGGAGCAGGUCUGCGAGCCGCAAUCUCUGCUUGAGUGGUUCGCAGAGAAGUACAAGGAGUUCGGCGCGAAUCUUGAGUUCGUAACAAACCGCUCGCAGGAGGGUGCGCAGUUUGUCAAGGGUUUCGGUGGGAUCGGCGGGCUGCUGCGGUACAAGGUGGACUUCAACACGCUGGGCAGCGUGGAUGAUGACGGCGAAGACGAGUUCCUCAGCGACGAGGAGGAUUUCUGACUUGAGUGGCGGCUCCGCAAAGGAGCCCCAUCUGGCUGGGGCACGCCGGGUGGGGCGGGGUGCCGGGGUGAGCGCGAAGGGGUGAGGACGCGGUUUCAUGCGCUGUGUGGAGAUGCGAGUCUUGGGUGCAAGUGGGGGAGUGAUGCGGGUUGCGGGGUGGCUGCAUUCGACAAUGGAGGUGCGCUGUCAUGUCACAGAUACGGAUCGGCGAAGAAGCAGAACGUCGAGCACGGGCCUUACCACGGCAGAGGCUUGGUUGUACCUAAGAUAUGAAAAGAAGUUUAUUUCAAGAGGUACGCUUGCGGUCGCCCUUCGCAUUCAUUUCCACAUCGCUGACUCGCACAGCGUGCUAGGUCUUGCCAUUGCUGCACGCUACAAAGCUUGACCUCACGAUUGUGGUUGCUCUUGCAGCGUUGCAUGAUGAUC